AUAACAUAUUGAAGUACCUAGACAAGCACAACAUUAAAUCACUUCAACAAUCCAGACUCAGGAUCCUGAGAGAGGAAAAGUAAUAAAAGUCAUCUGUACAUUAUCUUGAACUUACAAAAGCAUUCCUGGCGAGAUUGACGCUCCUCAAACGCCAAUAGAUAUCGAUAUAGCACACCUUUCACAUCCUAUCUACGAAACAACCCUUCUAAGAUGUCUAUUAUCCAACAAGUUUCCAAUGCUACCUUAAACGACAACUGGCGUACGAUCAAUAUCGACGCCCUGGAUCCCGAUUCCUCUACAAACUUCGACGUCUCUACCCUCGUCGCGCAAUUUCCUCCUGUCUCCGACACCGACAUUCGAACUCUUGCUCAACAAGUGCGACAAUUACUCCGCGGAGGUGAUGCCGAAGGUGCCUUGAGGGGUGCUCUGGAAAAUGCACCUUAUGGAAGUAGUGAAGCAGUCAAGGAACUUCAUGUAGCUACUGUGAUGGAGGUAUUACAGAGUAUCAAAGCGAGCGAAAUGACACCAUUGUUGAAGAAGGUUAUGGAGAGUGAGGGUGGUGUUGAUAUUGUGGAUUGCUUGAUGAAAUAUUUGUGGGUGCUUUUUCUUGAUUUUUGUAGCUUUUUUGCUUUUCUAUUUGUUGGGAAUUAUUACUAAUGAAUGAUGCGUUGGUGGUAGAUAUAAGGGCAUGGAAUCUAAAACUACAAAUGCGAACACGAGCAAGCUUACGCCGCAAAGUACCGGGUUCUCGCAGAUUGGUGGUGGGAGACCGGGAGCGCAGAAUGAAAGUAGUGGGUCGUCUAUGAGUGUACUGCUUAGUUGGCAUGAGAAGGUCGUCGAGGUUGCGGGCCUGGGCUGUGUAGGAAGAUGUAUGACUGACUGGAGAAAAGUAUAAAUUGGAAGAUAAUAUUGGUAAAUUAUGGUGAUAAAGAAUGAAGGGAGACUGUAGCCUAGAGAUGUCUAGGUCGUAUGGUUGGAAUUAUGUGAUACUACAUGGUUGAGGGAUGAGAGAUUCAAGUACUGAAUCGAAGAAAGGCAAAGAUGAUAUCUUUAGGUAUCCGAGAAUGGAUGACAUCAAGAAUCACAGGUCUAGGAUAUUUCCUGGCCGAAGAUGCUCAAAUAGUCCAGGCUCCAUCAGACUACUUUUGUUAGUAGUCUUCUCUCCAUUUGGUGGUGAAAUCUACCUUGCUAGGUGUUGUUUGUUCUGCCCAGAACAAAUACCAUAUCACAAUUGGGGCCAUUUGCACCGAUGGCUGAUCUCCAUGAUGUUUCUUUCCAACUUACAAAGCAGAUGAUUUCUCAUGA